UACAUCCGGGACAUCUCGUCUGGAGACCAGGGGCGGGGCGGGCACGAGACUGAGAACGUGCUGACUUGGCCUGGUAUGCGGCACGUCCAGUCCGUUCACAAGAAACUCCUGUCAGCUCUACCUUCACAGCCCACGGCCUAGAAAAGAACUAGAAAAGAUGCUCCGGUCGCCUCUAUCUGCCUAUCUCUUGAGGAUCCGUCCCCGGUCCGUCAGACGGGCGAAGAGUACUCUAACGUCCGUCUCCGAGAAGACAGAGGAUGACUUCGAGCCCACCGUCUACCCAACCAUGCGGAACCACAACCGCCUUCGGCUCUACACACGAAGCUUGAUCCCGUCAGUGCUGAACACGUACCUCCCGGAGGCUGCCAAAGACCUGGACCCCACCCCGUACAUCGCCGCCGCCACCGUCCUGCCCAUGCGCACCAACAACUACGUGGUGCAGGAGCUGAUCGACUGGUCCAACGUGCCCGAGGACCCCAUCUUCCAACUGACGUUCCCACAACCCGGCAUGCUCAAGCCUGAAGCACUGGAGCGAAUCAGCAAGUUGAUGAAGAACAACGCUCCCCGUACGGUACUCCAGCGGGAAGCCGAGGUGAUACGGAAGGAGAUGAACCCGCACCCCGCCCAGCAGAAGACGAUGAACGUGCCCAGGGUGGACGGGCACCCUCUGCCGGGCCUGCAGCACAAGUACCGGGAAACCGUCCUGUUCUUCCCGGCCGAGGGGCAGUUCUGUCACGCCUACUGCACCUACUGUUUCCGAUGGGCGCAGUUCACGUCUGUCGGCAGUCCCCAGCAAUUCCAGUCUGACGACUCCAAACUGCUGCAACUGUACUUGCGACGGAACCGGCACGUGAGUGACCUGCUCCUGACGGGAGGAGACCCGAUGGUGAUGUCAGCCCAGCGGCUCGGCGGCUACAUCCUCCCGCUGCUGAAGGACACGUGUCUCGAUAACCUCUCCACCAUCCGCAUCGGCACCAAGUCCCUGGCGUACUGGCCAUACCGUUACGUCACCGACUCCGACUCUGACGAUUUGUUGCGCAUAUUUGAGGAGGUGGUGAAGUCAGGCCGACAGUUAGCCAUCAUGGCGCAUUUCUCCCACCCCCGUGAGCUGUCCACGCCAACAGUGCAGGAGGCCAUCCGGCGGCUGCGGAUGACUGGGGCGGUGAUCCGUGCCCAGGCGCCGCUCGUGAACCACGUUAACGCCGACCCUGCCACCUGGGCCCGGCUGAUCCGCACGGAGACUCGGCUCGGGGUCAUUCCGUACUACAUGUUUGUGGAGAGGGACACUGGCGCUCGGCACUACUUCGAGGUCCCCCUGGCGAGAGCAGUGGAGAUCUACAGCCAGGCGUUCUCCUCGGUGUCGGGGCUGGGCCGUACCCUGCGCGGGCCCUCCAUGUCAGCCACGCCCGGCAAGGUCCACGUGGUCGGCGUGACCGAGAUCGCCGGCGAGAAGGUCUUCGUGCUGAAGAUGUUACAAGGAAGGAACCCGGACUGGACGCACCAGAUCUUCCACGCUCAGUAUGACGAGAAGGCCACCUGGCUGGACCAGCUCAAACCGGCCUUCGGGCAGGAAAAGUUCUUCUUCGAGGACGAGCUGAAAAACCUGGAGAGAGAGGAGAACUCCUCCGGAAACUUGUACCCUUACUCUCCCGGGAUGGAGUACAGAUGUGAGGACAUCUUCCCCCCAAAAGACUAACUCAGCAGACGACAAGUUAACGUUAUCAACUCAGGCAUCUUUGUACCAAACUUCCAAGUGCAAUUCAACAUGAAAGCCAGUCGAUUUUACUCAUGGUUGGCAACAGUGCUCCAACAAGAAGGGUCACCAGUUGUGCCAUAACGUGACAGCUUUGCCGUUUCGUUCAACAUGCUCUGGUCCAACUCCUUGUAGAAAAGUAGUAGAAACUAUAGAUUCUGUCGGUAGCCGGUUUGAGGUUGAAGUAUAUAGCUAAAUUCAAGGGGCAAUGAUUCAAGGCAAUAGAAGGUUGUGGUUCACAUGAAAUAAUAAAAUAACGUAAUCACUGUACUCAGAGAAACGUCAAACGCAUACAACCUGGAUGUUUCGGUCGUGACGUAGUCAAGCUAUCAUCACUCUUUAUGUCCUCACAAUAGGGCAUUAGAGUGUUCUAAUUGUGUCAUUUACUGUUCAUUCCUAUAACAAUGUUGUUCUGUUGUUAUUAUUAUUGUUAUAUUAGUCUGUUAGUACGUUACUGCUAGAAAAGUUUAGUAUCGUUUGUUGUUAGCCUAAAGGAGGCUUUGAGGUAUCAUUUUCCAAAGGAUUUUUAGGUAUAUCCUACAGUGAGGGACCAUGUAUAAAAAAAAUACGGCGCCUAUUAGUAUUAAUAAGGGCAAAAAGCGGCACCCCACUGAAUCGGAAGGAACUCUAUCCUUUGGUAUAUCUAUGUGAAGGUUUAGUGUGCCAGAAGUGUGAACCAGACCUGUGUAGCCUGUAGUUUACUUAUAUGCCAUUGAUAAAUGCCAUAUAAUGAAAGGUCAUACUGUAACAACUGUAUAUAUAUGUUUAUUGUAAUCUAAUCAUUACCUACUACUGUUUGUUAUGAUAUUACAUUUGUACUACUCUUUUGUCUUGCUAUGUUUUUGAAUGGGAACAAAAAUGGGACUAUAUGAAAUGUAUUUGCGGAACAAAAAUGGGACUAUAUGAAAUGUAUUUGCGGCGUAUGAAAGAAAUGUGCAUAACAAUACAUGUAUUGUUUUAGUAGCAAGAAAUAAUAGUUGUUUUUAAAACAUUUUUGAAUGUUCAAUGUAACCAUCAUGUUAAGUCUGUGAUUGUGUUAACAUGAUUCACGGGUGAAAUGACGUAUCAAGACUUUGAAAGCGAGUUUCUUGGAAAUUGGUGAAGUGAACAAAGAGUCGACAGGGUACCACUGUUUGGGUGUUUUGUAAAGCUGUGCAUGACAGCGAUUCAAGCGCAACAUCUAACAUCCAAGUAUCUUGAGAUGCUAUGUCUUAUAUAUACUUCCCCAUGGGAUGAAGAGAAAUACAUGUAUAUUCCCCUUUGUAAGCGGAAAUCUUGCUUUGAGAAUUCGCUGUACAAUCCAUUGCGGCUCAGGGCAAAACAAAUAAUAAACUGCUUAUUUUGCAGUAGGCACAAUUA